AUGAGCGAACUACCGCCAGAAACGACCAGAGAAACGAGUGAGGAGAGAGGGUUUCCGUCCGCCGCGGAAAACGAGUCGACAGCCAGAGGGCUUGCUGGUAUUACUUCAGACCAGAGCUCACGCCCAGAUCUGGAUGAACAGCCGAUAAAAGAGGAUGAUCUCAGUAUAACAAGGCCGGAGUACUAUAUCAAGCUCGAGCCGCUACUUGAUACGGACUUACAAGACGCAAUACUGAGCUCUGAGGAAGAGGAACUACGAGAACUAGCACUAGCAAUGAGUGAAGAUGCCUCUGCCGGCUCCCAACAGGCUUGUUCCAUGGCUUUUUUCGCUCUUUCGCAGAAAAACCACUCACUGGAAGAUCUAGAUCGAGCUAUCUCAGCUGCAGAAAGAUGUCUGUAUGCGUACGGCCCCGAGGAGCCGAAGUUUCAACUCUUUCUGAAGAACAUCGUAACUUUACUAUGGAUGAGGAGCACGAUCACCAAUAACUUGGACGAUAUCGAACAAACGAUUGCCAGAGCCCAAGAAAUGAUUGGGAUUACUCCUCCACUUCAUUCGGAUCGAACUCAACGCUGGACUGACUUCCUUCGCCUACUUGGCUUCGAGAUGCGACAUCCUUGUUCACAGAGCGGAUAUUCAAGAAUAUUAAAAGCUAAUGAGGGCCUCACGUAUGCUGACAACGAGAUGAUGGAAACGGCAGAAAAUAUCUGGAAGAUGAUCGUUCAAGCCGAAGCAGCGACUGGAAUAGACGAAACAAAUGCAACGUCCCCAGAAGACUUUAAGUCAAGGCCCCUAACAGCGGAACGCGUGUAUUACGCCAUAAGCUAUUACUUACGUCACUACGAUGAAUCAGGCGAUCGUGGGCGCCUUCACGUGGCAAUCCUACUCGGUGAACAAGCUGUGUUGAUGUUUCCGCAAAGCGAAGGAUUGAAGUGGCUGUUAUUCAAUGCACUUCAUACUCGGUACUCAGAUACAAAGGAUAUAUCAGACCUAGACAAGGCGAUCCGAGGAUCGAAAGAAGUUCUGGAAACCAUGUCUCCAGAUCAUGGCCUGCGUUUAAGCUUUCAUGUUCGCCUAGCCAAGUUUUACCACAAAAGGAAUCUCAACCAGCAGGGCGACCGAGAUUGUAUGGCAAUGGACUAUAAUCAAAUCGAAAAUUUCGAUAUUGCCGACCUCAACAUGGCAAUCUACCAUGCGCGCGCUGCCAUCGCGUUGCAAGCGAUGCGGCAAGACUAUGGAGAACCGGAACUGCUGUUCUACAACCUGGGUCUCUACCUGUUUGCGCGGUGCAAAGCCUUGGGACUAUUCGCUCCAGGCCACAGCAAUCUAGACCUCGGUGACUUGCUCGAAUCUACGGCCGCCAUGGAAGAGGCUAUCAAUCUCCUAGCUGCAGACGACGCCAAGGCAGCCGUAUUCCUCGACAAUGCUGCUGUGCUGCAACUCUAG